GAUUUCCCAAAGCUUGGUAUUAAACAAUUACAUGAAAUUCAGAACCUAAUUGAUGCAACUCCCUUACCAGUUGAUAUGGGACGUAUAAACUUUAAGAUCACAUCAGGUUUCGAUGCACUUACAGCAGAUCAAUGGAAGACGUGGGUUUUGAUUUAUUCAACUUAUGUUUUACACAAAUUUCUUGAUGAAGCUGAUCAACGAUGCUGGCAAGCAUUUGUUACUGUGGUGUCAAUAUGGAGCCAAAGAAUUAUAACUGAAGCUGAAAUUGAAGCUUGUCAUAAAGCUAUGAUGGCAUUUUUACAGUAUGCUGAACAAAUUUAUG